AUGACCCCAUUCUCAGCACAGUGGCUGCGACUCGCGUCCAGCCCCCGCCUGCAACGGUCAUCGCAGGCGCUCUCUGUCGUCGGUUCCAGAGCCUGGGUCUUUGGCGGCGAGCUGCAGCCGCGGCAACCCGUCGACAACCAGCUUGAUGUCGUUGACCUCGGUGAUGCCACUGCCUCGGUCACCACGUUGCCUGCGCCUGACCCUGCGCCUGCACCGCGGGUCGGCGCCGCGAGCACGUCCGUCCAAGGCGAGAUUUACGUAUUUUCGGGACGUGGCGGCAUCGACAUGAACGCAUUGGAUGAGAGCGGUGCCCUCUGGUCCUGGUCGCCAUCCACUGCUACGUGGUCACUGAUCUCCCCCCAAGACAGCUCCUCUCGCCCGGAGCCGCGCAGCUACCACGCCAUAGCAUCGGACGAUGACAAGACCAUCUACCUCCACGCGGGAUGUCCUGCUGCUGGUCGCCUUGCCGACCUCUGGAAAUUCGACGUCUUUAGCCGAUCGUGGACGGAGCUGCCCUCUGCGCCAGGACCGGCGCGAGGGGGAGCAUCCAUCGCUUUUGCGUACGGCAAGCUGUACCGCAUGGGCGGAUUCGACGGCAACACUGAGCAAGGUGGCAGCUUGGACGUGUUUGAUCUGGCGACCAGCACCUGGAGUAGCAAAGCGUUCCGCGCUGAUGGGGUGGACGGGCCGGAGGCGCGCAGCGUCGCUGCUCUACUGUCUGUUCGAACGGCUGGUGGGAAGCAUCUCCUGGUCACCCUGUUUGGCGAGCGCGAUCCUUCAUCGCUAGGCCAUGCUGGAGCAGGCAAAAUGCUCGCGGACGUGUGGGCGUUUGACCUCGACACCGAGACAUGGGUCGAGGUCAAGCUGGCGGCGGGUCAGAACGGUCUCCCACCAGCGAGAGGAUGGUUCGGAGCAGAUGUGCUCAAGCAGCCAAACGGUGACGCGAUCAUCGUUCACGGAGGCCUGGCAGAGGACAAUUCGAGACUGGGCGACGUGUGGAAGCUUCAAUUCUAG